AUGAUUUCCUGCAAGAAAAAGAAACCGUCAAAAUUAUGUCGUCGUACAUACUUCCUACAAACCGGUACGGCUCCAACAAUUUCAGAAAUAACCAACGAAUUAGGCCCCGAAUUGGCGAGCAUUGUAAUUGCAACCCUGGAACCAAGUCAACGGUCGGCGGUGGGACCGGAUCGUGUUGCGAUAGCGGACGAAAUCUCCCCAUCACACGAUGCCGAUGCAAUCCGUGGACAAAUACACGAACACAUUCUACGGAUUGGCGGUGGCAUCGCUCACCGCUUGGACGGGUACUGGAGACGGCGAUUGAAACAAACUGUUGCGGUUGGUGUCAGUCCGGAUGAGAUGGAUUUUUUAAAUUUCGAAUGGCGCCAAAAGAUCGACAUCGCUCGGAGUGUAGAGCGUGAGCGCUACGAUGAGCUGUUGGAACAGAUGCAACAGAAGCUCGAGCAACGAUUCUGGGAAGAGAAAGGUAACCUUCACCGGUCAUACGCGGAAGCUAGGCAGCUUUGGGGAGAGUUUGUAUGCCGGAAGGUACGCAAGCAGGCAAAGGAUAUGCUAUGCAAGAUAGCUAGCCACUAUCGGACACAGCUGGAGCGCGAAGUAACACACCGAAUGCAGAUCGAAAAGAAUCGGCUCAUAAAGGAAAUGGAACAGAUCGUCAGAACUGCCGUAGACCAGCAAAAACGUAUGGACGAUCGGGCUAUCCAAUGGUUGGUCCAUCAAUACGAAGAACUGUUGAAGUUUAUCAGCGAAUACAACCAGUGUUUGGAUACGGUCGAAAUGACGCGAGAGAUUUGCAAAUUGAAUUUCGGUCAAGGAGAAUGCCACUCAACUCAGGUUUCUCGGCAUUCGUUGACAUUUGAUGAAAGGACAAUUUCACACGGCUCGGAUAUAGACAGUAUUUCUAUGGUCGAUCUUGAAGAAGAUCUUCAUUUGCCAUCGAGCAGCUUGUCGAAAUACAAUGUAUUCGUAGUGAGUCAGUGUUUGCCGGAACCAGUCCCGGAGCCGGACAACGCUAAAGGAGAUCAUUUGUCAAAUACAACUGUGAUAGAGCCUCAGGUUGGUUUAUCCAAAUCUGCAGAUUAUGAAAGCAUUGGAGAAGCUGAUAGUGUAGCGUCUUCUCUUGAGAAAAUAGUUAUUGGAGGGCUGACAUACGCUCAACCUAAAUACUAUAAGAAAGUUUAUAACGAUAUCUUCCCUAACGUUGCCAUGAGCUGGGAAACGAUGAAGCCAUCGGAGGUGAAUGAUGAAAGAAGUAGCAAAGAAAAUUGUGCUCAGGAAAAAAAUUUGAGUGCCAGCAGCCAAAGCUUAGAAACGAUUGAAUCUAAAUCAAUUCCAAGUGAGCCUAGCUAUCGUGAAAGUUACGAUCCGAUCGCGGAAAUAAACAACAUAUUGGGAUCGAAAGAAGAUGCACCGCCGGCUGAAGAGUCAACCCAGCCUGAUGAAUUCGGUGAGUUGUUUGACCUUUCUAAAUCGAACGAAGAGAUUUCUUUGGUUGCUGAAAAUUUUGCGACGCAAUACAUCCGAGCCACUAAUGACGAUUUUGAGUCAAUGUUUCCAAAAAACAGUGCUACGGAACCCUGA